AGAGGGGGGAGUUAUUUCUCCUCCUCAAUGUGUUUCGUUCUGUCUUGUCUAAUUAUAACCUUCCAGUUCAAACAGCACAGGGAGCAAAAGCAACGUUAUAAAACCAGAGACACGUCUGAGGUGGGUUACAAACCCAGACGGUCCAAAGUCCUGUGGAUAUGAGUCAUCGUUCUCGGGCCUCCAGGGCGCGGCAUCAUGUCCACUGUGAUUCCUGCUACAGUCGGCGCUGCAGGACUCGGGUGGAGGUCUCUGUUAGCUGUGCCGUCAUCCCCUGCCGUCUGCUCUGUGGUGCCGUCUUCCACCUGUGCAAAGAGGAGGAUCACCUGCUGCUCUGCCCUAAUGUGAGGGUGCCCUGCCUCAACGCCGAGUUCGGCUGCCCGGUCCAGCUGCCCCGAUCCUCUCGGGCCGCUCACCUCCAGGUGUGUCCGGCCAGCGUGGUGAGCUGCUCCAUGGAGUGGCUUCGCUGGCUGACCGAUGACACGAACCCACACAGCUUCAAAGCCCUGCAGGAUAAUGUGCUGAAGGAAAGAGAGGCUCGGGGGGAGCCUCUGGAUCUCGCCAUGGCUCUGGUGGAUCAGUCAGAUCUGUACAGCCGCCUGAAAAUGAAGCCCCUCUACCCGGAGCUGACGGAGGCAGAGGAGGAGGAAGGAAAGGAUGACAAGAAAGAGGAGAUGGCAGUCGGAGGGUUUGUCAAUUGUGUCAAAGAAGUCAGUGAAGAUCUCCCUGUUAACAGCUUGUGUGAGAACAAUGCUGAAGAAAAGGCCUCACAGAACCCUGCAGGACCAGGAUCAGGCCUAAGCAAAGAGAACUACAACAUGUGUGAGCUGAUGUUCAGCAUGGAGAAACGCGCCUGUGCUGUCGCUGAGGCAAACUUAAACAAUCCCAAACAAAACACAAAACCCGGAGAGAAGGCGAAGACUGCUGGAGAUCCAAAGGAGGCUCAGAAGCAGGACAAAACAUGUGCAGAAAACAAAGUCACAGAGGGAGAGGCUGCGACCCAGAACUUCCCUCCACCAGACACUAGUAAGACCGGACACGCCCCGUGGCAGGACGGGGUGCUGGAGCGUCUGAGGGACGAGCUCACCCCACACGAGUACAACAUGUACGUGGUGCAUCAUGGGCGCAUGCUGGUCGCCUUUGGGCAAAUGGAGGCUUGUACGCCGAAGGAGAAGGACUUCGUCUACGGCAGCCUGGAGCCAAUCCCAGUCCAGACGCUGCACUCUUUCAAGGUCCCUGUGAGCUAUCACUACAGGCGGCGGGUUCAUCUGUACGAUACGGCUUCAAGAGCUCAAAGUGAAACUCGUAGUGUGGACACAUCAGACCUCAAAGCAAAUGAAGAAAAUGUGUUUGCUGAUGAAGCAGCAACCACCCUGCUGGGCUACGCUGAGCAGGAGGUCAUGGGUCACAAGAUCAGCGAGUCAAAGGCAGCAGACGGGCUCUAUGUGGACAUUGGAACGCAGACACAUUCAUUCCGCUCGGCUCCAUUUAAAGAGAAGACGACUCUGUCGGACGUGAUGGUUGACAGACCGCUGGAGCUCAAUCUGCAGCUGCAGGCAGAGAGUGUGAACAGCAGACACAACAGAGCCAGCAGUGUCUUCACCUUCAUCUGUGGUCACACCUUCCACCGCAGAGAGUUCGCCACACAUUUCAGGAAUGUGCACAGUGACAUUCAGACGUGUCUGAGUGGAUGGUUCGAGCAGAGAUGCCCUUUAGCGUAUCUGGGAUGCACCUACAGCCAGAGGAGGUUUCAUCCAUCCACACAUAAAGCUACUGUCACCUACAAUAAGCAACUGAGGAGUUUCAACCUGCGUCCAACCCUUCCAGUCUCACAAGGUGACGACUGUCCCAGCAGCACAGUGGACUCCUCCACUGCUCAGAGGGAGACAGAAGGUCCAGCUGGAGGUGGUGAGGACUCUCUGAGCUCGCUGCCCUACGAGGUGCUCUGCCACAUGGCCAGCUUCCUGGACAGUCAGUCCCUGUCGCAGCUCGCUCUGGUGUCCCAGCUCAUGAGACAGGUGUGUUCAUCGCUGCUGCAGGACAGAGGGAUGGUCACCCUACGCUGGGAGAAGAAGACCUACUCACAUGGAGGAGCCAAGUGGAGGGCCAAGCCAGUUUGGGAGUUCAGUCAUCUCUUCUCCUCAGUGGAUUCAUGGCAUAUGGCCGACAUCCCUCCUAUAUCUGCUCAUCUAAAAGUCUGUCCUUACUAUGAGACCUCCGUGCAAAAUGAGCGGGUUCCCCUCCUGAGCAUGACUGAAAACCAGGGGGACAGCCAGGAGAGGUCGAGUCUUGUCAAGCACUUUACAGAAAACAGAUUUAAACAAUGAACUGUCCAAGUGUCCAACUUAAUGUCAGUAACUUAUGGCCAGAUUACACCGCUCAAAUACAAGAACUAUGCCUCAUAUCAUAAAGCACUUUAUAAAUAUAAAUAAAACCCAUAUGAACUUUAUGGUGAUCUGUAUGUACAGAUUUAUUUACUGCAACAUUUUUGAUAUGAAAAAUGUUUAGUAGGACUUAUGUAUGUGCAUAUCCUGUAUAUGAUUCUGGAGCAUGUAAACUGCCAGGGAGGCAUCGUUUCAGUUGCUGCUGGAAAACUCUUUCUAGUAAGGAGAAGAGCAGCAAAAUGUUUGGAAGCCAUCAGUUUCAUGGUGUUUGUGUGGAACCUUCAACCAUCCAGGUUUAUGAUAGACUUUUAGCAGAUGCUGUUCAUAUUGUGUAAGACUUGGGUCAAUUCUGUGGAAUUUUCACUAAUAAAGACUUAUUGUUCGUCUUAAACAAUAAA